UCUUGCGGAGAUUCAGAUGAAGUUCUGUCAGGAGGAGGUGGGUUUGUUGUUUAAAAACACGUGUGUGCCACGUGACCUCGUUGAACUAGACCUGUCAUGGCGGCGUCCUUCAGACUCGUUUCAAGGCUGGCUCUCGUCACAGGAGGUGGCAGUGGGAUCGGACGUGCGGUCUGCCAGCGCUUUGCCAGGGACGGGGCCUCAGUGGUGGUGGCUGACAUCAGCGAGGACUCAGCCAAUGAGACGCUGGGGAUCCUGUCACAUGACCUGCAGGGGCAGGAGCACGCUGCGCUUUGUGUGGACGUGUCAUCGAGGCAGAGCGUGGAGCAGCUCAUCACACUGAUACAGCGGCAGUAUUUCCGUCCCCCCUGUGUGUGUGUCAGCUCUGCUGGGAUCACGCUGGACGAGUUCCUGUUGAAACUGGAGGAGGAGGCCUUCGACAGAGUGCUGCAGGUCAACCUCAAGGGCUCGUUCCUCCUCACUCAGGCUGUCUCGAGGGCUCUGGUUGCCAGCGGAUCCUCCAAGGGCGUCAUCAUCAAUGUGGGGAGCAUCGUGGGCAAGGUUGGGAACCUCGGGCAAGCGAACUAUGCAGCAUCGAAAGCAGGAGUGGAAGGGUUAACAAAAUCUGCAGCGAAGGAACUGGGCAGGUUUGGUAUCCGAUGCAACACAGUCCUGCCUGGCUUCAUAGCCACUCCCAUGACAGCCAAGGUCCCAGAGAGAGUGCUGGACAAGUUUGAAGGGAUGGUGCCUUUGGGACGCCUGGGAGAGCCAGCAGACGUGGCCGAUGUUUGUUCUUUUUUAGCCUCUGAUGAGUCGCGCUACAUCACUGGAGCCAGCAUCGAGGUGACGGGUGGAUUAUUCAUGGGCUGAGUGACAGUGUGCUGAGAGAGGGAACCAAUCAGAAACCAGAAUCUUUCAUGCCAAAGGACCUGGAACUAUUUAAUUCAGCAAUAAGAUAUCUUCAUCAUUUUGUAAGAUCUUGUAAGAGAGAGAAAAAGAUUGAGGAGUGAAGCUUGUAAUUUCUGUAUUCCCAAAUUGUUUGUGCUGGUCUGAAACUUUUAUCAGUGUGACACUAAACCACAUGUCCUCUGAUUUGUGUUCAGUAUUAUGAUCAGUGCGUGUGUGUGUAAUUAUUUUUCUUAAUUUUAUAUGUUCAAAUUGUAGAAAUAAAAACCGGAUCAUCAUUU